AUGGAAGUCAAUGGUGAACGAGAUAUAGCUGGUAUUUUAAGCGCGGCUUUAAUGCCAUUGAAAGAUAUGAAACAUGCAGAUAUUUUGGACCAGUAUGAAAUGAACAUGGCUGAUGGAAAUAUAACACCUGACGUUCUAGAACAUUUAUCUCAAAGAACUACACAGAACCAUAGAGAUGGUAUAUUUGGUGAAGAGUUUAGAAAGAAAGUUAGGAGGGAGAAGGAAGAGAACCUAUUGUACAUGACCUUGCAACGAAAGUUUGCAAAUGUCAUAAAAACUUACUUUGCAGACAAUGAACCGAGAAGGGAUGAAUAUUUAAGAAAACUCAAAUGGACAGUACCAAAUGAAAUGUUAGUAUUGAAAAACAUGUUCCUUGACAAAAUAAAACCAACUACAGAAAUAAACGACGCAAGACUGAAAGAUUGGGUAAAAGCUUUCCCAUUCACAAAAGAUAUAAUUGGUAACAUGGAAAGAAAACCAGAAUGGCUACAAAAACAUAUAUUUGGAAACGAGCUUAUUCCAUAUGGACAGGCACUGUUUGAAGAGCUUGAACCAGAAACUCAGGACAGAGUCAUGCAAACAAUACGCAAAGACUCAAAUACAAACUAUGACAAACUCUUUCUAGGAUAUAGGUUACCUGAGAUGGGCGACCAGAGCCCAAAGGCAAAAAGGACAUGGGAAAUUUGCAACAUACUAGAUGAACAUAAUGCAAAGAUGCAACAACUUCAAGCAGAGGGCAAUGAAGGAAAAAGAAGAGUUAAAAACUCAGUCAGGAAGAAAGUAAAGCUUGGUCCACGUGGGUUCUAUUAUGACAUAUAA